AUGGAGGAGAACCAGGACCCGGAGGUCCCCAGUAGACCAGCAGCAGGCUCGAGCUCUGAAAAACAAGAAAAAAGAGAGGGACUCAAAAAUCACCACUGUCAGCUCUGUGACAAAUCCUUCACAACGGCUCAUAAUUUAAAGAUACAUCUACGGGUUCACACCGGAGAGAAACCGUACAGCUGUGAACAAUGUGGGAAGGCUUUCACCACUGCACAGCACCUGAGACGGCAUUUACUCGUUCACACUGGAGAGAAAUCGUACAGCUGUGACCAAUGUGGGAACGCUUUCACCACUGCGCAGCACCUGAGACGGCAUUUAUUCGUGCACACUGGAGAGAAACCGUACAGCUGUGACCAAUGUGGGAACGCUUUUACCACUGCUCAUUACCUGAGACUACUUCAACGCAUCCACACGGGAGAAAGACCAUACAGGUGUGACCAGUGUGGGAAGGCAUUCAACAGUGCACAGUCCCUGAGACGGCAUCAACACAUUCACACUGGAAAGAGACCUUACAGCUGUGACCAGUGUGGGAAAGCUUUCACCACUGCACAGCACCUGAGACAGCAUCAACGCAUUCACACUGGAGAGAAGCCGUACAGCUGUGACCAGUGUGGGAAAACCUUUUCACAAAGUAGUACCCUUGAUUGUCACCGACGUGUUCACACUGGAGAGAAACCAUACAGGUGUGACCAAUGUGGGAAUGCUUUCACCUCUGCUCAUCACCUGAGAACACAUCAACGCAGCCACGCUGGAGAGAAACCCUACAGCUGUGACCAGUGUGGGAAAGCUUUCACCACUGCACAGCACCUGAGACGGCAUCAACGCAUUCACACUGGAGAGAAACCGUAGUGGUGUGAACAAUGUGGGAAAACCUUAUUACAAAGUGGUCAGCUUAAUGUCCACUGACACGUUCACACUGGAGAGAAGAGUAGAGAGAGUAGUAUCCUUAAAAGACAACAACACGUUCACACAUAGUGUUCUUAAGCCUUUUUUAGAGCCAAGCUAGCUGUUUUUCAUGCCUCCUCUCCAUGUACUGUGUUGUUAUAUUCUGAGCUUCUCUCUGAAACUAAAGACUGACAGCAGUAACUGAGUCUGACUGCGGUGGUUUGAUCCAGUGGGGAGGAAAAGGAGGUGAAUAAACAGAGACACAAAAACACUUCAGAGUUCAAACUGAAGUAACCUUUUUUUCUUGAGACAUUCUGACAAAAUCUAAAUAUUAUUGUAAACAUGAUUUGAUUUGACUCAAGUUGUUGCUUUAAUA